AUGUCUACUGCUAGUUCUGGAAAGCUCAGGAUGCCAAGCCUCAAGUCUAUAUGCCACCGAGACGUUAUGCUCCCCAAUCCCCAGCUCCACUCCCAGAUGCUGCUAUUCUUCAGGAGGAUGAAUCCUAAAGACUUUGCUAGGACUACUGACCCAUUUGUUGCUGAAGUAUGUAUUCGAUCUUUAGAAGUAAUCUUCCGAUACAUGAACAUGGCUGACACUGACAGGGUUCGAUGUGCCAUCUAUCUGCUGAAGGAUGAUGCUUCCCUAUGUUGGGAGGGAGCUGAAAGAGGGGUUAAUCUAAAUACCUUGACCUGGGAGGAGUUCAAGAGGAUCUUCUACGAGAAGUACUUCACUGUGGAUGUGAGAUCGAGGCUGAAGAGGGAAUUCAUAAGUCUUCGACAGGGAGACCUGUCCGUCGCUGAGUUCGUCAAGAAGUUCGAUAGGGGAUGCCAUUUUGCACCCUUGAUUGCAAAUAAUGCUACUGAAAAAUUGAGGCAUUUUCUAGAUGGUCUCAGGCCUACCAUCCGCCGGGACGUUCUACUGGCAGACCCGACUGAAUAUAAUGAUCGGUCACUAGAGUCUAUAGAGCCGAGCAGUCCUUGA